AGGAGAUAAAUACCUGGCGCACUCCCAAUUACUUUUGACCAAGGGGGAGAUUUGAUUAAUGAUCUCCAAUUGAUCUGUCUCUCUCAAUUUCUACUCUCCUGCAUCUCUGACCGUCUCCUGGAUAUGGCUGUGAGAAAAGCCUCCCAAUCCGCCCCCCCAAUCCAGCCCGUUCCUGAGAAGCGUGGUUAUGAAUUCUGUGGCCCAAUUGGGGCAUUUGGCAUCGUCUUUGGCCUCCCUGUCCUUAUUUACGCCUUUACUUUCCUGUGCAACGAUGUCACCGGCUGUCCUGCGCCCUCGUUGUUGCACCCGUCUACCCUUACUCUUGAUCGAUUGAAGGAAGAAGUUGCCUGGCCAGAGGGCGGGAUUCGUGCUUUCUAUGACACGGAGGUGACUCUCUGGGUACUGAGCUAUUAUUUGCUGAGUUUGGUGCUCUAUGUGGUCCUGCCCGGCCAGGUAGCGGACGGCACUGAAUUGGCCUGUGGAGGAAAGCUUCGGUACAAAUUCAACGCAUUCUCCACUGCUGCUUUGAUCCUGUCUGGCCUGGCGGUCGGCACCUACUUCCACGGUGCAGACUUCGUGGUCUGGACAUUCCUUUGGGAUAACUACCUGCAGGUGAUUACUGCGAACUUGAUCAUCGCCUCGACGAUUGCUAUUUUUGUUUAUGCGAACAGCUUCUCCGUCCCCGCCCCUGGCCAGCCCAACCCGCAGCUGCGACAACUAGCACCCGGUGGCUAUAGCGGCAAUGUGCUUUACGACUUCUUCAUCGGACGCGAGUUGAAUCCUCGAAUCAGCCUCCCGAUUCCGUUCGUUAGUGAAGAGUCUCGCACAAUAGACAUCAAGGUGUGGUGUGAGCUGCGACCUGGUUUGCUCGGAUGGAUUAUCUUGAAUUUGUCCAACAUGGCCCAUCAGUACAAGACGUACGGCUACAUCACGGACUCUAUCGUCCUCUCGACCGCAUUCCAAGCCUUCUACGUGCUCGACGGUCUCUACAUGGAACCCGCGAUUAUGACAACCAUGGAUGUGAUUAUGGAUGGGUUUGGCUACAUGCUUUCCUUUGGUGAUAUGGUUUGGGUCCCAUUCAUCUACAACUUCCAGACCCGAUAUCUUGCCGUGUUCCCCCAUGAGCUGGGUCUGCGCGGCAUCGCGCUGGUCCUGGCUGUGACGGCCGCUGGCUACAUGAUCUUCCGCGGCGCCAACAACCAGAAGGACCGUUUCCGCACCAACCCUAACGAUCCUCGGGUCGCGCACAUCAAGUAUAUCCAGACCGCCACUGGGUCCAAGCUCAUGACCUCCGGCUGGUGGGGAUAUGCCCGUCACAUCAACUACUUUGGUGACUGGCUCAUGUCGUGGUCGUACUCCUUGCCUACUGGUAUCGCCGGGUAUGCUAUUAUUGAGUCGGUGAGCCCAUCUACCGGCGAGCUUCAGAAGCAGGCUGUGCAGCUCCCGGAGACGCGUGGCUGGGGGAUGAUUUUCACCUACUUUUUCCUGAUCUAUUUCGGCGUCCUGCUCAUCCACCGUGAGCAGCGCGACGAGGAAAAGUGCAAAAAGAAGUAUGGAAAGGACUGGGAUCGUUAUACUUCCCUGGUUCGCAGCCGUAUCAUUCCAGGAAUUUAUUAA